CAGAAGCAUGUGAGGGAAGAGGAAAGGAAUACCGGCUCCUCGUCAACAUUACCUCCUGGUGUCAGCUGGACAGAAAAAAAGAGAAAUUUAAACAAGUCGUGAGAGAGAGGGGGGGGGGGGGGGUGAAGAGAGGAGAAAGAAAAAGAAGGAGGAAGAGCAAAAGUCUUCUGUUUCCAGGAGCAAGUGUUUUAGAGGACGCUGUUGUCACUGAGGAGGAAGAAGAGGCGAUGUGUGUGUGAGAGCAUGUGGGUUGGAAGUGACACUGCUCUCAGGUGUAUAAAAACAACUACAGUGACCGCGCAUCAUCAUCACCAUCACCAUCAUCAUCAUCUUCAAAUCCCUGUGGUUUUUACUGCCAUGCUGAAGACCAGGAGCAAGUCCAGGUACUGCUGAACACCAUGGCCCAGGCUAAAGGGCGGAGAGAUGGCAUGGUGUCGUCCAAUGAGAACAGGCGCCGGCCGCUGUCGUUGGGUGAGGUGGAAGGUGUGUCAUGGCAGGGCCCACGGACUAUUUUUCUUCAGAAGAACUCACAGGGAUUCGGCUUCACUUUGCGUCACUUCAUCGUCUACCCGCCAGAAUCAUCCCAACAUGGAGUCCAGGAAAACUCCCGGGAUGAAGAGAACGGGAAUGCAGCUGGAACAGGCUGUCAGCGGUCUCGGUUGGAGCCAAUGGACACCAUCUUUGUGAAGAAUGUGAAAGAAAAUGGUCCAGCCCAGCAGGCAGGACUGUGUAAAGGUGACAGACUGGUGAAGGUGAACGGGGAGAGUAUUAUGGGGAAAACUUACUCUCAGGUGAUUGCGCUUAUUCAAAACAGUGAAAAUAUUUUGGAGCUUUCUAUUAUGCCAAAAAAUGAAGAUGUGUUGCAGUUGGUAAGUGCAUACUCCCAGGAUGCGUACCUAAGAGGGAACGAGCCAUACUCAGGUGAGGCUCAGAACCUCCCGGAGCCGCCAUCGCCGCUUUGUUACCCCCCCACAAAGGCACAGCCCAGCCCCCACCUCCACAACCCUCUGGACAACUGGCAGUGCAGACCCUUAAGCUCCACGUCUCCACUGGAUAACCACCUUCCUGCUGGCUCCCCCCCUACCUCUGGCUGGCCCGGGGGUCCUGAGGAUUCCAGCGACCAUUUUGCCCCAUCAGGGCGGCAUCGAGGCCGGUCCUCGUCGGCCAUCAGUGCUCUUGACUUUCACUUCGCGAACCAUAACGCUGCCAUCACCUCGGCAACGCUGCCUCCACCGCGGAAGAGUAGCCUGCCAGCCUCAUCACGGGCCCACCAGGCGCUGUCGGACUGGUACUACAGCCAGGCUGAGGCUGCAGAGCACUUGCCCCCCCGCCACCGUAGCAUAUCUCAGGAUCGCUUGGCAGAGCUGGGGCUGGGGUUGGCCCUUGGCCCCGGACCCACAGCUGCCUCCACCGUUUCUGCAGAGCAACGCAGAAGAGAAGCGCUACUGCACCACCACCAGGCGGUGGCUGUGUCCCAUGACUCCUACUGGCUUGGAGGCUGGGGGGGGGCAUCCGAGCCCGGUGGCAGGCUGUGCUCAGAGAGUCUGCUGGCAGCCUACGCUGAAUAUGAGCACAACUACGAACGGUCUGUGGAGACUCUCGCUGAAGCCUCUGCUCUGGUCUCACCAUGGCAAAGUUCACAGACGACUAAAGUCAGCGAGCAGAAGGCCUCGGGAGGACAUCAGCACCAAACCACAAUGAUGGCCUCCCCCACGGCGCCACCCAGCGGCCGGCAGAUUGCUGAGCCCCAGACCAGGCGGGUGAAGGAGGAGGAGGUGGUGGGCUAUAAAAGCUACAGCCCCUCUUUCUCCCGUAAAGCUGGCCACCUCCUUCAGCAGGCCACCUCCUUCAGAGAGCCCGGCUACAGCGGCGCCCACCUCAACUGGAGCCCUGGCAGCAGUGAUGGGGCUUUUGUGCCUAGACCCCAGUCCACCCCAGCCCUGUCCGCGUCAGAGGAAGAGACGGUCCAUGCCGGGGAGGACAGAGAGAUCAACUCUCCUGUGUCCUUAACCCAGGAGGUGGUCCUGAGGCAGAAACCGCCUGCAGACCGACUGACCCCCAUUCAGGUUCUGAGACAUUCACACUACACCACGCCUGUGGAGUCAGCGGAGCUCCCCGUUCUCAAUUCUGCUGCUGGAACACCUUCACCUGUCCCCGGAGGGACAGGCUCCAGUCGCAGGGCCAACGGUAGCCUGGCACAGUACGCCUUCGACUCCCUGUCCUCCAUCCCCUUCAUAGAUGAAGCAGCCAGUCCUUGUUCUGACCAUCAGGCCUGUUAUGUGCCCGCCUGCUCAGUGGUGUCCAGUUCCCAGGCCUCCACUGUGGCCAUCCUCACCUCCACCUCUGUCUCCCCCACCCUCUACAUCUCCCCCUUUGUCCGACUUCGCUCUCAAGACUGCAGCAGUAUUAAAGGCCGCCGUUCCUCCUACCUGCUGGCCAUCACCACAGAGAGAUCCAAGUCCUGUGACGAGGGACUCAACACCUUCAGGGAAGAAGGCCGCGUCUUCUCAAAACUACCAAAAAGGGUUAAGAGCUUUUUCACUGAUGGGUCUCUGGAGAGCCUGCGAGCUCAGGAGGAGGCCCGGUCCAAACGCCACUCCACCUCUGAGCUGGGAACCAUCACCUUCAGUGACGUUCGGAAGGAGGGCUGGCUGCAGUACAAACAGAUCCUCACCGAGAAGGGAAAGAAAGUCGGCGGCAGCAUGAGGCCGUGGAAGCGCGCCUUCUCCGUGCUCCGCUCCCAUUCGCUCUUCCUCUACAAAGACAAGCGGGAGGCCGUGCUUCACGGUGCAGGAGCAGGCCCCGCCCAGGAUGAACUUCCACCAAUCAGCAUCCGCGGCUGCCUGAUCGACAUCGCCUACAGUGAAACCAAGCGGAAGCACACGCUGAGGCUGACCACGCAGGACUUCUGCGAGUACCUGCUGCAGACUGAGGACAGGGAAGACAUGCUGGCCUGGAUCAGGGUGAUCAGGGAGAACAGCAAGACGGAUAACGAGGAGAUCAGUUUCUCUCGACAAGCUCUUAUCAACAAGAAGCUGAACGACUACAGAAAACACAGCCUGACGAGCAACAAGCCAGACUCCUCCCCCAGAUCCCACCGGAUGAUGCCCCCUUUCCUCCUGGCUAAGACAGACAACACCUCGGUGAACCGGGCCUCCAGAUCUGACGACAACAAGGCUCUGUGGGGCAUCAACAUCAUGAAGAAGGCCAAGAAGACAGGAAGUCCUAAAGCUUUCGGCGUGCGGCUGGAGGACUGUCAGCCUGCCGCCAACCACAAGUUUGUCCCUCUGAUCGUGGAGAUGUGCUGUGGUGUUGUGGAGGCGACGGGUCUGGAGUACACCGGGAUCUACCGUGUACCGGGUAACAAUGCCAUGGUGUCCAACCUGCAGGAGCAUCUCAACAAGGGCAUGGACAUCAACACUGCCGAGGAGAGGUGGAAGGACCUGAACGUCAUCAGCAGCCUGCUGAAAUCCUUCUUCAGAAAGCUGCCAGAGCCUCUUUUCACCGAUGACAAAUACAAUGACUUCAUAGAUGCUAACCGGAUAGAAGAUGCAGAGGACCGACUGAAGACCAUGAAGAAGCUGAUCCAUGACCUCCCAGAUCAUUACUAUCACACUCUCAAGUUCCUGGUGGGCCACCUGAAGAGGGUGGCAGACCACUCUGAAAAGAACAAGAUGGAGCCGAGGAAUCUGGCUCUGGUGUUUGGUCCCACCUUGGUGAGGACAUCAGAGGACAACAUGACGGACAUGGUCACCCACAUGCCGGACCGCUACAAGAUAGUGGAGACACUGAUCCUCUAUUACGACUGGUUCUUCAGCGACGGACAGCUGGAUCAGGAGAAGACCCCAAAGGAUAAGCAGGACAUGCAGCCUGUACCCAACAUCGACCAUCUGCUGUCCAACAUUGGGAAGCCGGGCAUGCCAGGAGAGGCAUCAGAUUCUACCACCAGCGAUUCAGUUAGGUCAAAGGUUUCUUCAGGUUCCAAAAAAGACCUGAACCCCAGGGACUUCCUCCCCAAGUCCAUCAUCUCUGCUGUGACCCGCAAACGGAAAAAAAGCCUCAGCAACCGCUUUCUGGACAGCAGCGCCGACGAGGACUCGGAGCACGAACCGGUCAAAGCAACCAUCUACGACGAGGAGAAGGCGCGAGGAGAGGAAAAGCCAGAGGAGGAGGAACGUGUCUGUCCUCAUAAAGACAAGAGGAGCGGGAAAGAGAAGCCAGCAGCUGCAGACAAAGUCGAGGGAAAGGAUGAAGGGCGGGAAGAGGGAGGAAAAUCUGUGGGGAUCAAAGCAGGAAGCAGAACAAAAACUUCCCAAAGGGAGGGGGGGCAGCGAACCGGCGUUCCGGGACAGCAGCUUCAUCCCAACAGUUUUCUCUAUUCCCAUCAUCAGAUCCAAAGGCCCAAACCCCUGCCCGCAGCUAACCCCCCUCCCCAUGUUAGGAAUCAGAAUCCAACCAGAGGACGUCCCACCAUUCCCUUCUGGAUCUCCCCCUCCAGGCCUCCCAACCUGUACCAGCCCCCCAGCUGGACCCAGCAGCCAGACUGGAUCCAGUUUGCUCCGGUUCGCUACAGGAAGAGCAGAGGAGGACGAAUGAGGACCAUGUCUAUGAACCUGGACCUGGGCGGGCAUGAGGACAGAGUAUGGAAAACCGAUAAGGUGGAGGUCAUCAGAGUCACUGAAGGACCGCUGGCUCAGCGCGAAGGUGUCGGAAUUUUACCAGGAUCCACAGCAGAUCCGGAGUCUGGGAAGCACCCUCCUCUCUCCACUUCCUCCUUAGGAUGGGUAGAUCAGAGCACCACGGGGUCCUCCACUGUGGUCCUGAGAAGACCGGCGCUGGACCUCCGAGACAGGACGAGAGCAUGGCGCCGUCACACUGUGGUGGUCUGACCUGGAUCUGAUCCAGUAGCCAGGACUCACCCGUUACUAACACCAGGUCACGUGAUGUUGGAGGAUCUUCUCUUCCAGAAGACUCUCCAUGCUCUGAUGUUUCCUUCAAGUCCUCGGUGGAGGUGGCAAACUGUCUGCCAUGUUUUCCCGAACAGAUUGCCCCCCCACCUGAUCCGGGUCAGAACUCCCAUUCUGAGGAGUCCCGAUCCAGGUCACCUCAGACUCUGAGGACUCUGGAUCCAGAACACCUCAGACUCUGAGGACUCUGGAUCCAGGUCACCUCAGACUCUGAGGAGUCCCAACCCAGGUCACCUCAGACUCUGAGGAGUCCCAACCCAGGUCACCUCAGACACUGAGGACUCUGGAUCUAGGUCACCUCAGACUCUGAGGACUCUGGAUCCAGGUCACCUCAGACUCUGAGGACUCUGGAUCCAGAACACCUCAGACUCUGAGGACUCUGGAUCCAGGUCACCUCAGACUCAGACUCCUGAUAUGGGUCACCUGCUUCUUGAAGGAUUCUGCGACUCGAAAGGAUUCCUGAUCUGGGUCACAACUGCCACCAAGGUCUCCUGAUCUGGGACACCUCUCAACCCUUUACCAGCUCUUCCAAAGCCUCCUGUGGACCUGCAGGGACUCCAAGCUCUGUGGACUAAACAGGGACAGAAGAAUAUGUAAACCUAAAGCUUGUUACAUACUCGAGAAGCGUGUUGUAUUAAUUUCCUACUUUCUCACCAGCUCGAUCAGCUAUUCCUUAAAACUACUCCUUAGCCUGCAUCAGGGGGAUGUGGAAGCCACAACUUCAUGGUUUUCCGCGUUAAUCACGUCCACCUCAAAUGUCCAACCAAUCACACAAUACUUCUCGAAGCCCCACGAGGAGAAAUUUCUGCUCGGGAUGCGUUGAUGUCCCCAACCCCAUCCUCGAGAACAAAAGGAUGCCAUUUUGUUCUUGUAGCCUCAAGAACAGGAAAAGUUCUCGUGGAGUGUGUAACAGCCUGUUGUUACCGUGUGUAUGUGUGUGUGUAUGUGUGUGUGUCAGGAUGUUUCUGGUGAUGAAGCAGCUAUGUGAAGUUAUGCCAAAAUUCGUAUUUUGUCUUAUUUGGUUUGUGAAUGAUGGAGAACGUCCCAGUGAGGUUCCACCGUGAUGUUAAACGUCUGAGGUUUCCAGCCAAUCUCACCUGAAACGUUCCCCUUCAGGAUUUAACUUCCCUCUAGUUUAGUUUUAUAAAAAUGAAAUGGAUCUGAUCCAAACUGACAACCUGUCCUCUGGGCAGACUCCAUGUGGACCUGAAUCCUCUCCAGCUCAGUCUGUACGUGGGUAACUGUGUGGACCAGUUCUGUAACUGUUGUAAAAAGCCUUGUGAAGUUAACCCGUUUAUAUAAAUAAUAUAUUAAA